GUCGGGGUGGUGAUGCUAAGCUUGUUUUCUUAUUGAGGAGAUUCAUACGUCCCGUUGCUGAGAUCAUGUGUGUCGCAGCUGGAGCAUCGGCCCAUCUUCCUGCCUGACUGCUACCCAAUCGCAGCUGUGACGGGGGGCAUAGCCACAAGAACCUGUGGUUUGAUACUACUCUACGCGAUCCUGCUGGCUCACACUUCUUCACAUGGCCUCCGUACACUAUGAUACCACUAUUGAUUACCUCCCAGACAACGACGAGGUGAUGGAUCAUCACAGCGCACCAGAGCAGCUGGGGCCCGAUGCAACGCUCUGGCAUCCGACCUUGAGAUCGGUAGGUGAUAUGAUUCCACUCGUACGCUGUACACGGCCCUCCAUACGACACCUUUCUUUGGCCAGCUCAGCUCUGAGGUCGACCGAGCAGGUUGUCGGCGUUCAUGAUCAUGUCGUACCGUACCUUACAUUGCCGACUUUAUAUUUUUGUUGCCAGUGUGGUGACGGCCCGAAGCUUUGGGAUCGCCAGCCAAGGUGUGUGAUCUGUCAACACAGUAUAUGCGGUUAUUGCAAGCCGGCCAAUUGAUAAUAGUUUCCUGUAUGGGCAACAUGGUUCGUUGGUAAGGGUUUCCGUUUUUUCGUUCUUCUUCCAACUGUGUAUGCCUACUUGGGAUCUCCCCAUAUAUGUCAAGCCCGCGGCA